AUGUUUUUCAAGGCCAACAUUGACAAACACUGUGGUGAUAGCACCUACAAGUGGUGGAACCUAGUGGGGCUCAACAAACUGGUUCCUGCCAAAAAAGACUUGACUUACGAAGAAAUUACAGCUGUGCUUAAGAACAUUCAGAGUACGGAAGAGUUUCGGGUCUACAAGCACUUCGCCGCUGACUUUGAUGAGCACAUGAUUAACAUGUUCGGCUCUAGUUAUAAUCGACCUGAAGUAUUUUUCGAUAAGAACGCUACACCGUUGGAAAAGAUGGCGAGAGCACAGAUUUGGGCUAAAACAAACAGAGAAGACCAUCAUGUGAAGGAAUUUUUGGGGCUACUGAGGCCGAGAGGACAGGAGUUGAGCAAGAAUGAGCUGGCCAAGGAUCCGUUUUACCAGCACUACUUGAAGGUCAUGAAGCAGAAAGCAGGAGGUUAG